UUCUUCUCCAGCGUUCAAAGCACGGAAGGGUUCUCUGCCUAAUGGAGUUUAGUUAUUUAUCUGAAAAAAAUAAACAAACAAUCCCCACCAAAAACAUUUUUAACAACUCUUCCAGGCGAUUCGAGCAUUUUAGGGAAGGUGUUAAGGAAAGCGGCGUCAAUACUGCCCGAGUCUGACGCAGCCCGCGAGCAAGGCCGACCCCCAAGCCCGCCGCCCGGCACUCCGCCCCCGUCUCCCUCCAGCACAGGAGGCGGAGCGGAGCCGCGGAUCCCAUCGCCACGGCAACGCGGCGGCCGCAAACCGCUCCCGGGACACGCGGCGGAUCCCACCGGCGGCGGACACGAGCGCCGGGAGCGGGCGCGGCCCGACGGAGAGGAGCCCGCCUUAGGCCUGGCCAGCAGCGUGCAAUGCCUCUCUUUGGGAACUCCUUCAGCCCGAAGAAGACCCCCCCCAGGAAAUGGGCCUCGCUGUCCAACCUGCACCUGCUGGAUAGAUCCACCCGUGAGGUUGAGCUGGGCCUGGAAUACGGCACCCCCUCAAUGAACCUCGCUGGCCAGAGCCUGAAGUUCGAAAAUGGCCACUGGGUUUCAGAAUCAGGAGGCUUCGUGGGGGAUCGCAGGGAACUGCAGCGCUUGCGCAAACGAAACCAGCAGCUAGAGGAAGAAAACAACCUACUUCGGCUGAAAGUGGACAUCCUGCUGGACAUGCUCUCUGAGACCACCGCCGAGUCCCACCUCAUGGAGAAGGAGCUGGAGGAGCUGAAGCAGCACAGCCGGAGGAAGAAGUGAACAAGAGAUGGCCAGGCUGGUUCUGGGUCUUGGCCCACAGGAUGCUGGGGCUGGCUUGGGCCUCCCAGCCAUGUUGGUACGGUGUGGAGGUACUUUGUUUCACGGGACCACGAGCGCCGAGAUGCCUCCAGCGUUGUGCGGUGCCGUGGGUACUUCUAAUGGCUGCUUUGGCACGGCAGCGCUGUUAUUAACACGAGUUUCCUCAGAGCACUUUACCUUGCUAGGUUUCCUCACCGCAGCCCAGCACGGGCGGGGCACGUCGGUCUCCUGAGGGCUCCUCCUCGCCUUCUCUGCUUACCGGAGCGGGGAGAGCCCUGCCCGCCCCCCCGGGAGCCCGCGGGUGCUUCUGCAAGCCUCACCGUCUCUGCCUUGGGCGAGCAGGAUGCUGGAGUUGCUCGUUCUCGAGAGUUUUGCAUAUUUUAUAUAAAACCUUGCAAUUAAAACCCGCUUUCUGAGGGUGUUUGUGACGCGUCGCGCUCUGCUGCGGGGGCCGGGGCGGAGGGCGGCCGCUGCUCCUCCGGGCCGCCAGGGGCCGCUGCCUCGCACGGGCUGGCUGGCGGGAGGGCGGCCGCGCUU